UAUAUUAUCAAAAUAAAUCUAAAUUAAAACCAUAGUGUAAACAGUGACAAUACUUUCGGCAAAAACAUUUCGGCAUAUUUCGGUAUCUUUCAAACUUAAUUUCAAAAAUAUGCACUAAAAUUUAUGUAAAAGUUUCCGGCCUCCCAAUAAAAUCAAGAAGUGCUACCUACCAAGAUUACACCAUUAUAUAUAUUAAUUAAUUUUUGAAAAGGGAGAGAACUGACACUUGGUAUUUCAAGUCAUUCAAAGGGCUUUAGUGAAACAUAAGUAACGGUAGUACAGAGUAGAAGCUGAAUGUUCCAUACCGAGCAUAAAUUCAAAAUUUUAAUAGUCAUACAGUCAGUGUAAGCUAGUUUUACCAUUUACAUAUAACGAAAGAUACGUACAGUGAUCUUAUGUUUUAAAUACUUGCAUCCUACUAAACUAUUAGUGAAAAGAUAAUGGAUCCUAAUGACUUAGAUGAGAGUUCUACCCUUCUGAUUGAUCCUGAGGAAGAGAAUCAAAGUGAGCUUAUUGAAAACUUAGAAAAUGAAGCCUUACCUUGGGAAACUGAAAGUGAAUCUGACCCUGAUAACACUUACAUUAGUCCUUCACGUCCUUCUGGUCUUCUACGUAUUAACCGUACCAGUGGUUUACCUGAACGUCCAAUUAAUGAUUUGAUUGCAUUGCGAAGAAAAUAUUUUGAACAAGUAAUGCGUGAAGUUAUGGAAAGUGAAAAGGCAGAAUUAAAGAAAAAAAAAUUAAUUGAAAGAGAAGAGAAGGACAAAUAUUGCGAUAAUACACAGAGUAUGGGUAGAAAGGUCUUUAUCGAAAUUAUUAAAGCACAACCAUUAAUUGAAAACGAAAUAAAUCCUUCAGUAUUAGCACAAAAAAAUGCAAUUGGUGGUUGGUUAUGUAAAAUGAAUAAAUUAAUUUGUGCACAGUCAGAUAAUGAAUGCACCUCAGAAGAUGAUUGGACUGACUCAGACUAAUUUUCAAAUUAAACAAAAAUAUUUAAAUGCUUCUAUACAAAAAUUAAAUUUAUAACAAGAUAUU